AACAGUCUUCUCUUAGCUAUUGAACAUAAUAUACGAAAACUUUUUAUUGAAGGUGAUAACCUUUUAAUUAUAAAUAUUUUGCAGGAUAAAGCACGCUGUCCUUGGAAAAUUCAAUUGCUAAUGAAUGACGUUAAGAAGUUGUUGGCUCACUUUGAGGUUGUUGCUUCUUGCCAUGUGUAUCGAGAAGCUAAUCAUGCAGCAGAUUAUGCUGCAACUAUAGGUCAUCAAAUUUCAGGCUAUGUAAACAUUGACCCUAAUGUAGAUGCUAAUUUUUCUUAUUUUAUUUCUUAAGAUAAGUUAGGGUAUAGUUUUGAGAGAAGACUUACCUAAUUUUUGUAUUUUUCUUAUCAAAAAAAAAAAAAAAAAAAAAAAAAAAAAGUAUAAUGUUAUUAAAAAAAUAUAUAUAAAAAAAAAUGCACCAGCCGGGAAUCGAACCCGGGUCUGUACCGUGGCAGGGUACUAUUCUACCACUAGACCACUGGUGCUUGAUUGUCCAAUUAAAUGAUUCAGAGUUUUAAUUAUUAAUAAAGUUGCAUAUAUAACACAUCUUAGCCAUCUAUCUCUCUCUCUCUCUCUCUCCUCUAUUUAAGCGUACUCUGAAUUCUCCAUUGAAGCGGCUUCUGAGUUUUCUCUCUCAAUUGAAACAGGAUGGAAAGUAGGGUAGAGUUUGAAAUUGGUGGUUGCCUUGAGCAAAGACAAAUUUCCUCAGACCUUGCGGUAUUUGUUUCUCCAAAGGAGGUUCUGUCAAAAAAGAAAGAUGUUUCCUCCACUGUUGAAUCUUUGCUGACCUGUUUUUCUGAUUUGGGUUAUCUUGAUCGAAUUAAUGGCGACCAAGUUAUUAUCAAAGAUACGUUUCGUUCCAAAUGCGUUCUGGUUUUUGCUUAUAAAGCGCCACAAGGAGAAUUCAACUUCCGUGAGGUCUUUCCUAAAGACCCGGUGGGUGUAUGUUCAGAAUAGUAUCGCUUCAGAGACGAUUUUGAGAUGGUUGUGGCCUUAACGGGCAAUGAUUCAGAUCUCGGAGAGGCUGGUUUCAACCAGGCCACUUGCUUCUUUUCUUACCUCAUUUCUCUCUUGUUGUACCAUAUGAGCAUUUGAAGAUCAGGGCCUCUCUAUGCGAUUACCUUGGUGUCAAUGCUCACGGCUCCUCUAAUUGGUUGCUUGUCAAUGCUAAUCAAUACAUCUUGCAUUACGAUUCUAAUGCUGCAAGACAGUAUCUGCAGGAUCUUUUCCCUGUAAGCCCUAUAGAUUUUGUAACUUUCUUUAACGGGCUUAUUAGAUCAACAUGGCCUGUUGUCAGUUCUGAGGCCAAAGGCCCUAGACUAUUGGAAGGAAAGUGUCCGGUUUCAAAUUCGAUCAAGUAUGUGUUGCCAGAAUAUCCUCAUGAUAUACACAAGAUGGUUUCCGAAUCACAGAAAUCUUGCCCUAUUGAGAUUGGUCAGUCUUUUGAUGUUAUAUCAUUGUUGUCAGGUGGUGGUGUCUUGAGUUACUUGAUCGGAAAGAUGGUGACCCAGUUGCAGUUAAGGAGGAAUCCUUUAUCGGAAAAUACAUCAUGAUUUGUUGUUUUUAUGUGCCUAUCUUCCGCGACAGCUCUGAUGCAAUGACGGUGCAGCACAUAGUAAAUACAUGCUUUGACUUGUAUAAUACAAGAAAUGACUUUGAGAUGGUUGUGGUUGUAAAGAUGAGGUACAAGGCGGAUUAUGAGGCAGUUUUUGAUCACUUUUUGUCAGUUUUCCCCUCUUGUCUUGUGGUACCAUACAAGGAGUCAAUGCAUCGCGACUUCAUAUGCAAGUAUCUUGACUUGGUUGCUAAGUCAUCUAUUAAAUGUCUCAUUUUGGAUGCCGAUGACAACAGAAACAUUUUGUACCAUGGAACUCCUGCCUUCCUGUACUCCUAUGGAGCUGAUGCCUUUCCCUUUACUAAAGAGAAAAUUAAGGAAGUAGUUUACAAAGACAAAAUAUCUCACUGGAGCCUUGAAGGACUUUUGGAGUGCGAUUCCUCUUAUGUUCUUGAAAAUGGCAACGAGGAAACGAUCACCAUCUCAGAACUUAACAAGAAGGUCGUUGCAUUGAACUUGUGUAUUGAUGGAAUGUUCACUUCCACUCUCCAUAUGGUCCAUCAACAAUGUAUAGAAAAUCAGCUAUCGUUUGAGAUUGUGCUGGUCUACAUGCCCUAUGACAACUGCCUUGACCCACGGGUUCACAAGGGUAAAAUUGAUAGAUUGUUGAAGAAGAAGAGAAUAUCGUGGUGGUGCUUGCCCAUCAACAACAAUGUUAGCUUAAAGUUUAAGAGACUUGUAGGCUGUCGUGAUGACUUUAAGCUCGUCAUAGUAGGACCUGAUAAUGAAUAUGUGGAUCUGCACGGUGAAGAAAUCCUGAAGAGACGCGGAAUUGAUGGUUAUCCGUUCACUAGGGAGGGCCUUAUCGAAAAGGAACUGAAGCGGCUUCAUGGACUCACCUUGGAGUCGUCGUUGGUUAUUGGGUCAAAGAAUUAUGUUUAUAAAGGCAGCACAACAUAUCCUCUGGCUGAUCUCCUAGGAAAGAAUGUCCUUGGUUAUUUUGCUGAAAGAAGUAAAGAUCUUUAUCAUCCACUGUUAACAUGGUAUCCUGAGAUUAAGGCAGAUGUUGACGAUCUUGAAGUAGUCUUUGUUCGGUUAGAAGAUGAGCUUGCUGCAGCUUAUGAUGAUCUCAAAUUAGCUGAAAGUGUGAAGCCUUGGUAUGUAUGUCCCUAUGAUCCCGAGCACUCAAAAAUUUUACGGGAGAAAAUAUUUAUCGUCGGGCAUAAUAGAGUACGUGAAACCUUGGUUAAAUUUGGAUCAGAUGGAAAGAUUUGUUCAUUUCGAGCUCAAUAUCACCUUACUUAUGAUGGACCCAAGGCUUUUCGAGAAAUUGGUGAUCCUCAUCUACGCCAAGAUGUCAUUAGAGAAUAUUUAGAGGGGAUGCUAUAAGUAGAAAGAAUAUCCCUGGAACACAAAUUGUUACGUACUUUUGUAUUAAUUAGUGGUUAAUUUUAUUCUAAUUAAAACAAUGGCAGCAAAAAUGCAUCAAUUCAAUUCAGUUUAAAGUAAAGGAUUAGUAACUA